AUGAUUAUCCCACAGCUCGUCUGUCUCUCAAUGCUAAUCGUCACUGUAACGUCGCAAGCUCCAGAUGCGACCGCCUUACAGAAGACAUCCAACGACAACAGCUCUGCACUUUCAACAAAUGAAAUGGAGAAAAAUGCGAAUAAAACUGCAGAGGAACAAAAGGAAAAGGAUAGAAAAAAGAACGAAAGUUUCUCGGAGGCCAUUCUAUCCUUUGGAGUUGUCUGGAUAGUGGUGGUCGUUUUGUUGUUCCUUGGAGGAUCGGCUGCUGCAGGCAUCAUCAUUUUCAUCAUUAUUCAAGACAGAGAAAAAGAGAAGAUGGCGGCUGCAGAACUUGAUAAACUUGACAGCAUCACAGAGGGAAGCACAGAAGGGACUAUUAGAGGAAAUUGA